GAGGGAUGACGCGGAAGGGUACGGCCCGGACUGGCGCACGCUCGUGCUGCAGGACCGGUGCGAGUGGGAGCCCACGAACGUGGGGCUGUUUCCGAAGACGACGGCGCUCGUGAAAGGUGCGACUGGUUCCCAUACGACGGCGUUGGCGUGGUGAACGCCGUUCCUUAAGGACUUCGCCCGGCGUCUCUCGAGAUCGCGGAGAUCGCCGAGGAGAUCGAUCGUCGCCCGUCGCUCGUUUCCGAAUGAAUACUCACCACACGAUACGCCACGUCAUCGAAUCUGAUCUCACAAACUGACCAAUCGAAUCGAAUUGAAUUGAAUUGAAUUGAAUCGAAUCGCAGCCGCGAACGCGCCGAGCGUCGAGGUGUUCUUCGCGAAGCAAGCGCCCAAGACUGGGAUCAAGCCGCACACGGACUUCACCAACUUCAUAAUGACCGCGCACCUGGGUCUGGACUGCCCGCCGCCGCCGCUGUCGUGGAUGAAAGUCGGCGAGGAGACGAAGCACUGGGAGGACGGCGUCGGCAUGGCCGCGGACACGAGCUUUAUCCACUCGACGUACAACGACUCGGAGGACCGAGACAGGUUCGUGCUCAUCGUUCGGUUCUGGCACCCGGAGCUGACGGCGCACGAGCGCGACGGCGUGCGGUUUCUGUUCGACGCGUUCGAGGACUUGUCCCCCGCGGGGUUGGCCGCGGCGGCGGGGAAAGCGAGGGCGCGCGUCGCAUCGCGCGAGAGUGCGGAUGAACACGGCAGGAGCGGCUCGGGGGCGGACGAGGCGGACGCGGCGGCGGCGUUUAAGAGCGCGGUGUCCGCGAAAGUGAGCGCACCCCAGAGCGGCGAGGAGGAGGAGGAGAACGGAACGCGAGGAGGAGGAGGGCGGAGGAAGAAGGGCCGGAAGAAGAAAGCGAAGGGCGGCGGCGGGAAAGGGCUCGGGCUCCUCGCGAAAGGGAUGAAGUGAAACGCCUAUCGCGCGGAAAUAAAUACCUCCCCUUUAUUACCUC